AUGGCAGACCCAGCAACAACAGACAAAGUGCUUUUAACAGAGACUUCAGAACUGUCUUCAUGCUCUGUGCCAUCCUACUUGGACCCCUAUGAGCGCUCUGUAAAAUACAUGGAAAGCCAUCAAAUUCUUCAGAUCUUUCAGGUGAGAAAAGCACCUUACUUCUGAAGUGAAAUAAAAGUUGAUGAUCAUGAAACAUGGGCAUACAGUGUUUCCAGUAUAAUCAUAUUUUUGUGUGAUCUUUCUACAGGAGAUUACUGAGAACCUGGUUUUUGACAGGCCAGAUGAUCCUCUUCAGUUCAUGUUAGAACAG